UACAGUCAUCAGUCUGAUGUGGGACUUCCUGGUCAGGCAGUGCUUGUCCCAAGAAUCAGUCAACGCAGUUUGACAGACUUCAUUCCACCCAGCCAAUACGCAACCCAGUCAUCGAGUUUCAACGUUAUUUCGACUGUGUUCCUCCGCAGUGGUCACCAGAGAGGGGAUCCACUGACGUUAACGUCACUCCCCAUCAAAGUUAGCUAGUAAGCUAACGCUAACGUAAGGGCUCUGUUGUGGUCUAGCCAUGUCCGCUUCGGCUGGAUGCUCCCCGGUGGGUCAAAGCACGGGCCUUGGCCCCGGUAUGUCCAUGUUUCGCUGGUUAGAAGUGCUGGAGAAAGAAUUUGACAAGGCCUUCGUGGACGUGGAUCUGCUGCUCGGAGAAAUAGACCCGGAUCAAGUGGAUAUAACGUACGAGGGUCGGCAGAAGAUGACCAGCCUCAGCUCCUGUUUCGCUCAGCUCUGUCACAAAACCCAGACGGUUUUCCAACUGAACCAUAAACUAGAGGCUCAGCUGGUGGACCUGCGUUCUGAGCUGACUGAGGCUAAAGCUGAGCGGAAAGUGAUAGAGAGGGAAGUCCAUGACCAGCUCCUCCAGCUUCAUGCUCUCCAGCUGCAGCUUCAUGCCAAGCAAGGCCAGGCUGAAGACUCUGACUCCAUCAAAGACAGACUGCCUGCGGCAACAUUGGACGAUAUGGAACAGGAGCUGGAGGUCAGCAAGAAGGAGAAAUUAGCAGAGGCCAGGCUGGAGGCUGAGGUGAGACUAUUUAAGAAAGAAAACGAGGCUCUGCGCAGACACAUGGCAGUGCUGCAGGCUGAAGUGUACGGUGCCAGACUGGCUGCCAAAUACUUGGACAAGGAACUAGCUGGCAGGGUGCAGCAGAUCCAGUUACUGGGUCGUGACAUGAAAGGGCCGGCACAUGACAAGUUGUGGAACCAGUUGGAGGCAGAGAUUCACCUUCACCGCCAUAAGACCGUCAUCCGCGCGUGCAGGGGUCGCAACGAUCCUAAGAAACCUCUCCCCUCUCCUGUCGGACACGACCCAGACAUGUUGAAGAAGACCCAGGGAGUGGGCCCUAUCAGAAAGGUGGUGCUGGUCAAAGAUGAUCAUGAGGGGCUUGGAAUCUCCAUUACAGGUGGGAAGGAGCAUGGUGUUCCUAUUCUGAUUUCAGAGAUCCAUCCCAGUCAGCCUGCAGACCGAUGUGGAGGUCUGCAUGUUGGAGACGCCAUCCUCGCCGUCAACAGCAUUAAUCUGCGAGAUGCCAAACACAAGGAGGCUGUUACCAUUCUGUCCCAGCAGCGAGGACAGAUAGAGUUUGAGGUGGUGUACGUGGCUCCGGAGGUGGACAGCGAUGAUGAGAACGUGGAGUAUGAAGAUGACAGCGGCCAUCGCUAUCGACUCUACCUAGAUGAACUGGAGGACAGCAGCACAGCGCCACCUAGCAACAACUCUGCAUCGCUGCAGGCUCUGGAAAAGAUGACACUGAGCAAUGGAGCGGAGAAUGGAGAUACUGGGAUUUCCAGUGAGACACCUUCAGAGGAAACCCCUUCAAAGCCUCCCGAGACUGACUGCUCCUCCUAGAGGCUCAAAUAAGCCAACGGUAUUUGAAGGUAUAACAAGAGGAUUGGUGUUAAAUCCCUCUCAAAGAACUGAAUCAAAGAAUUCUAUGAAGUGCCAAGGGACAAGGGAAAAUGAACAGAAACCGUCUGUUUUCCCUUCUUCCUCUCGGUGUUCUAGGGUAAUGGAAUUCGGGGGUCUAGUCUGGGCAUGUGGCAAUGAUUUGGGGUAAAAGUACACAUGUUUAAAGAAGCAUAAGUGUAACAUAUGUAGAGCAGAGAGUGAUACUGAACAAUGUCUGACUUUUUCUGGAUAUUUUAUUAAGAGAUUAACAAUCUCGGAACCCAUGGGCUAUUGGUCUGACAACUAUAAGCUUCUGGGGGCACCAGCCAAUAUUUUGGGGGUUCGAGUGUUGAGAUUUCCUCAUUUCAGCUAAAUUCUGUAAACAGAUAAUUGCAUAUAAAUGCAAAAAAGAAAGAAAGCUAAAACACAUUAGCCGAUGGGUUCGGGGAUAGUAACUCGGCCAGUGCGUUCUGCCUCUCCACACGGACUGUUUACCAGCCUUUAAAACAUGGUUAGUCAAUAAUACUUGUACUACAAAUGUACUACAAACCGAAACCAGAACGCCAAAAUCUUGUGCCGUUGCCUACAGAUUCUGCACACAUAUGCAGAUAUCUGUUUAUAGAGAUUAAGAUACUGAUGGAAAUAGACAGUCGCUGUAUAUGAGAAAACUGAAGGAAGUAGAUGUCACCAAGCUGACAUCAGAGAGGAAGAGGUUACUUAUUGUUAAAAAAAUGUUUUUCAGGUGCCGCUUUUGGAGAAACGCUGUAGAGUUUUUUGCCUCUGUUUGCAUAGUUAUUCAUCUGGUCCCGACAGUACUAUGACAAGACUAUUGUCCUGCAGGGGCCCUAGUAGAAGCCAGGGAAAUAUCUCAGAAAGGAAAUUAAAUUAAAAAAAGAAAUUUUCAGUGUUGUUUUACAAAUAGAGAAUAAAUCUGUUGCCAGCGUUCUCAGACAAAGUGAUCAUUGUACUUAGCAAGAGCAAGGCCAUUUAUGCUCUACCCUGUGAAAUAAAUAUCAAAGCGAAAAAUGCUAUAAAAUCUUGCCUGUUGUUACCAAAACACUUUUUCGACCUUUUUAAAACAAAUUUAAAACCCAAGCUAGGUAGAUAUUCUGUCAAAUAAUGUAUGCAGGGUCUGAAUGUUUUAACAACCACAUUAAUAAACGUAGUAAUAACUGAAAGCUAAGAGGAAUGACAAAUUUUCUUUUGAAGAUAUCCAUGUUGAACUGUGUAAAAGUACUUGACGAGCUACUUCUGGCUCUAAAGUUUAAAAUGCUGAACCUUUAUAGUUAUUCAUACAAUGAACAUAUUGCAAUCUUAUUGUUUUUCUUUUUUCUCUCUCUCUCUCUCAUUCAACAUAGAAAUCUGUAUGAAAGGAGAUUAGGGUCAUAUGUAAAAAAACAAAAUAAAAAACAACAAAAAAAGCCAUUUGAGAGUAAAGUCAAAAUUCUGACAUCAAAAUUGGUAUAACUCUGAGAUUGAAGUCAGAAUCUUGACAAAGUUAGGGAUUCUGAGAACGGAGUCAAAUCUGAGAUUAAAUUUAGAAUUCUAAGAAUUUAAAUCAGUAUUCUGAGAUUAAAAUCAAAAUUCUCAGAUUGUAGUCAGAAUUGUAAGAUUGAAAUCAGAUUUCGCUGAUUAAAGUGAGAUUUCUUAGAUUAAAGUCUGAAUUCUCAGAAUAAUGUGAGAAUUCUUUAAUUAAAGUGAGAAUUAUGAGAAUUUAAAUCAUUGUGAUUCUGAGAUUAAGAAUUAGAAUUCUCAGAUUAAAGCAGAAUUAUGGAAAAAUUAGUCCGAAUUCUCAUAUUAAAGUGAAAAUGAAGAGGUUAAAGUCAGAAUUCUGAGUAAAAAUAAUUAUAUUUCUGAGAUUCAAGUCAUAAUUCUGAGAUUAAAUUAAGGAUUCUGAGAAUUAAAGUCAUAAUUCUGAGAUUAUAAUCAAAAUUCUGAAUUUGAAGUCAAAAUUCUGACUUGCUCAGAAUUUUCUUGUUAGACUCAGAAUUUAAACACAUUUAUCAAAUGUGGCCCUUAUCCUCUUCCAUAAUUUUGUAAUGGAUGGCUUUCAGGUGAAGUAGCUCACCCUCUGGUGACUGCUCUCGCCAUUUGACAACAGUGCCAGUGACAUCCCAUCCUGUCCCAUCCUGGGUUUUCUGUCUUUGAAGGCACUGUGCCAUAAUAAUCUUGAGAAGUACCAUUUCAAAGGCACCUCUAAAUUCCAGCCACAACUGCUACCUUCUUUUUCUCUAACUUUGUAGGGCACACAACUGGUGUCCUUUAACACCCCAGUAGUAUUCCAAUUCCCAGAUAUUAAUGGCAUGUUCAUUGUUCAGGGGGUCCUUGUCAAUUCAUACAGCUUUGCAGAGCCAGCAUUUAGCAAAACAAUCAAACACACAAACUACGCCAUAUGUCCAUGUUAGGUUGUUAGGUAAGGGAGCAGGUUUUCUUCCAUCUUUAGAUAUUUUUAAAACUUAAAUACUUAAAAGAAAGAAUGUCACAACUGACAUUGCAAAUACCCUCCCAAGUCCUUGAAGACAAUGUAAUUAUAGACUGUAUUUGUCAUACUCUGUAUGACCUAAAAACCUUUCCCUGGUAUUGUAUCCUGUUUAUAAGGUGGUGACGGUGGGGUAGAUUUUACCCGUUUUCCCGCCAUAGCUUUCUAACCUUGUUCCAUCACUAACAUAUUUUGGCAUGUCACUGUAUGUUGAAAAUACAGGGGUGGGCACAAUAACACGUGUCUGAUAUCAUGUAAUUGAAUGCAAUCAUUCUUAAUGACGGGGUCUCUCUGAACUGUGUAUCGCUGUAGACUGUAAUUUGUUACAUUUGUUAUUGUUUUUUUUUAUUGUGUCACAUUACAUUCUCUUGUAGCACAUUAUAUUUUGUCAAACCUGACAGUAUGAUGUAGUAAAAUACAACAAACCACAAACUCCUCUAAACUGGAUUAAGACGCAGGCCUCACCACUGUACUGUUUGAUGCAAAGACAUUCAGUUGAUACAUUAUUGUGCCCAGCUCUUGUAUAUGUGUCACCACUGCUAGCUGCCAGUGAUCCAGCCCAAAGGAACAUGAGUGAGUGGAACUCUUACUACGCCAUGACUUUGUGCCCUUCCAGAAUACGUGUCACUUUCCUUACUUGCUUUUUGUUAUUCUGUUUCCUUGGUGCUUGGUUUGUGUCUCUAAACUCUUCACACAUAUGAUGUGCAUCUUUAUUAUAAGUAAUGUAUUCAAGUCAUGCAAUUUAUUUAGCCUUUAAAUAAAGUUUUGUUCCAAUUUGGUUUAUUUGUAAUA